CUUCUCUCAAACCUAGUAUCUUCCUAUAAGAAGUACCUAUACACCACAGUGCGCCUCUUAUGUAUUUCAGUAAAUCUAUACAUAAUUGAACCGACGGCCGCAAAUGUGACAAACCACCACCACACGCAUUGCCCAGCAGGGGUUCUAUCAAGAAUUGAUAGUUUCAUGCGAGGCGUCAUUCUAGGACUGUCCUUUUGCUAUACCUGGACCGCCCGGCCUGGGUACAUGUUUCCACCCUACGCUUCUCCCCCCCUAGGAUUAUUUCAUUUUUGGCGCGGUCUUCUACAUCCAUGGAUCUCAGACACACGCAGGUAAAAGUGUAUCGUCAAGCAUCUCGAGAGAUAUCCGCAACGGCAGCUGAGAAUAGCACACAGCAACAAGACCAACCGUCAACCAUGGGCCCAAACACCAAGCUCCCCGCCUCCGACUCCCCCCAGCUGUGCCUGCACCAGCCCACCCCCGAAGAAUGCAUCCAGAUCUGGUCCAAAACCGCCGCCGCCUGGAAGGACUCCCUGACCGUGCCCCUCUACAUCCUCGAGGCCCAGUACCUGACCACCGUCCCGCUCGCCCGCAACCGCGGCAUGACGACCUGGGUCCUCGCCGACGCCUCGCUCCCAGCCAACCACCGCCCCCUCCUCUGCUCCAGCGAGAGCUUCCGCAAGCGCGCGCUCGCCAGCGACGCGCACGGCAAUGUCAAGGAGUGCGUCGUGCACGGCAUCGCGAGCGUCUUCUGCCCCGCGGAGUUCCGCGGCCGCGGGUACGGGUCGCGGCACAUGCGGGAGCUGGCGGCGGCGCUGAGGAGGGGGUGGCAGGGGGAGGGGCGCGGCGCGAGCGUCGGGUGCGUGCUGUACUCGGACAUCGGGAAGCGGUACUAUGCGCGGCUGGGCUGGCGCCCGCACCCGCGGAACGCGCACUUUGCGUUCCCGCCGGCGCAGGGCGGGGUCGCGGAGGAGACGCCGGCGCGCGCGCGGGCACAGGUCGUCGCGGAGCGGGACCUCGGGGCCCUCUGCUCGCGAGACGAGGCGAUGGUGCACGCGGCGAUGGCGACGCCGUGCAGCGCGACGGCGCGCAGGCGCGUGGUGGUUCUUCCGGACCUCGAACACAUGCUCUGGCACAUCCGGAAAGCUGACUUCGCGACGGCGUACAUCUUCGGCAAGAUCCCGGCCGCGAAGGGGGCUGCGGCGGGAAGCGCCCCCGGGAAACAGGUCUGGGCGAUCUGGACGCAUAGGUACUACGGACACCCGGAUCAUGUGGACGAGGCGGUGGAGGGGGUGGGGGAGGCGGGGGGCAACGUGCUGUAUAUACUGAGGCUCGUGGUCGAGGGCGAUGGGACGGCUAACAGGCCGCGCGAGGAGGGGCGGUUACCGCCGCUGCCGAUGACGGAGAAAGAGACGGAGGAGUAUACGGAGAGAAAGGAGGCGCUGGAAGCGGUGCUGCGGGCCGCGCAGAGUGAGGCGGCGGAGUGGAGGCUUGAUAGUGUGAAGUUGUGGGAGCCGUCGCCGCUGGUUGAGAGGAUGAUUGAGGAGAGUGGGAUUGAGGGGGUGGAGUGGGUGGAGAGGGAGGAGGAGAGUAUUGCUAGUGCGCUGUGGUUUGAGGAGGGGGGGGAGGGGGAAGAUGGUGGUGGUGGUGGGGAUGGGGAUGAUGGGGAGGGUGUGGUUUGGGUGAAUAAUGAGCAUUAUGCGUGGUGCUAG